UUUGAUAAUACCUUAAACGAGUCGUUGAAGUUAUAUAAUUUUUUUUCUUGAAUUAGACACUCACAAAAUCAUUCCAAAUCCAAAACAUUCGGCCGGAUUCGGCCGGAUGGUAGUCUCAGCGACAGACAACGGAGAUGACCUUAGGAAAGGCCGAUUCUUAUCAAAAAAAUACGCGUGAACAGACUCUUCGUUUCAAGACAAUACCGGCUUGGUUUUCAUUCAACCGUACCCUACAGGCCUGGAAACACGCCAUGGAUCCGCGAGUUAUAGUUUCAGUUCUUUCGGUUUUGGUCCUGACAGACCUGACUGUCGCCGACGAAGACUGCUAUGAACAUACUGAGGUGAUUGAGUGCAGCGGAAGCUGUUUCGAAGUAGUUAAGCCCAUGCUGGCCCACUUUCGGGAGUUGAAAUCGGGCGCCGAUAAAAGUAAUGAACUUAAAUACCAGUUGGUGCAAAUACAAAAAGAACUUCAAAUAAAAGAUGAGCUAACAAGUGCCACAAUUAAGAGUAAAGAUGAACAAAUAAAAGCAUUGAAAGAUCUGAAUAAAAGCAACGAGGAACAAAUAAAAGCAUUAACCGAUCUGAUUAAAAGCAACGAUGCUCUAAUAAAAGCACAAAGUGGCAAUGAAGAGCUGAUAAGGAUUAUUAAAAGUGAAAUAAGCCAUAAAAACAAUGAAAUUAAAAAUAAAGAAACACUUAUAAAUUCAUUAAGAAAUCAAAUAAACGAAAAUAGUGAGGAUCUUAAAAAAGCUCGUGAGGAAAAAGAUGAAUUUAAUAAAAAACUACUUAGUUGUUUGGACAAUAUUAUUAAAAACAAGAAUUCGUUGAUGGGAAAAGAAAAGGAGAUCCAGGAAAAAAAAGAGGAGAUUAAAAGAAAAGACGAUCUACUGAAUAAAAGAGAUGCAGAAAUCCAGGAGAAGACUGAACAGGCAAAGAGCAAGGACUCCCAAAAUAAGGACCUAACCAGUCAAAUAAAUAUUUUAUCUCAAAACUUAAAUAAAACUAAUGAAAAACAUAGAAAGUGUGUUGCCCCGAAUCCUUGUAGCAACGUCAGCAAAGACAUAUACCAAGUAAGGCUUCCGGGAGUGAGUGCAUUUGAGGCUCCUUGCAAUGGAUCUGGAUGGAUGGUAAUUCAGAGACGGAUGGACGGCAGCGUGGAUUUUAAUCGCAAUUGGGCUGAAUACAGAGAUGGGUUUGGAAAUUUGGCAGGAGAGUUCUUCUUAGGCCUGGAGAAGUUGCACCUCGUAACUCAGUCGAGGCAGCACGAACUUCUUAUCCGUCUGGGAAAAGUGGAUGGAUCCACUGCUUUCGAAAAGUAUGAUAAUUUCAGGAUUGGCAGUGAGAAGGAUUCCUAUCUAUUGGAAUCGAUUGGAAAGCACUCUGGAGAAGCACGCGACUCCCUCAUCGAAUUCAACUUAAACAUGAAGUUCUCCACUAUUGACAGGGAUAAUGACGUGGGUGAUGGCAAUUGCGCUAUCUAUAAGGGUGGUGGCUGGUGGUUUAACGAAUGUGGAUCCAGCAGCCUAAACGGAAACUUCUACAAAGAUGGUAAAUCAAGGAGUAGAGAUGGGAUAAUUUGGGGAAGUUGGCACGAAUACGACUGGUCUGUUUCACUUACAUUUGUCGAAAUGAUGAUUAGACCCAAACCAUUUUAAGAACAUUUUGGAUGAUGGAAAUUUGGGAACUCUGACACUGAAAAAAUUAUACAGGAUACCACCAGGACAUUUUAUAUCAAAAAGUGAAGAAGAUGAACUGUAAGGACUUUUUUUUCUUUCAGUGGAUUAAUUACGACAAUUGUAUGAGAAUAAAUUCAACUGAAAUUGAAUUUAUUGGCCUCUUUUAUACUGUUAUUUUAGU